AUGUCUCGUUACGAUGACUACCGCUCUUCAACAGGGACACUAGACUCCCGCGAUCGUUAUGACCGCUAUCGAGGCCCUCCCGUGGCCGAACGACCCCGCCACGCCGAGGACGAGCGCUUCGAAUUCCGCAUGCACGAAGAAGACCGUUAUGGCCCGCCUGCGCGCGCCCCCGGUCGCCGAUAUGAUGACGAGCACCUGGUUCAUACGUCCGGGCCUCUUGUGGCGCAUGACCGCCGCCGACGAGACGAAAGUCCCUCCUUCGUUCGGCCCCGUUUACUUAGGCGCCAGUCUUCCCUAGAUACUUUUGACCGCAUCCCUCGUCGCAAGAUGGAAGAGGUUCGCGAUCGUGCCCCACGUAUGAGGGGUAUACCUUCUGCUCCGCCGCCACCUCGCGCGUCGCCCGGUCGUUAUCGAGAGCGUGAAAUUUACGAGGAUAUUCGCAUUGCUGAUCCGGACACCUACGGCGACGAGGAGUAUAGAGGCAUGCAUGAUCGAGAGGGCAUGGGUCACCAUCGUCGCUCGAGCAGUAUGAGGCGCCGGCAUCAUGAGGAGAAGCCCUAUCCGCGCAAAGGCAAGACUCGCAUUCCUCGAAAACGGGUGCAUAUCCAUGCCAUUCUGGAUUUAGGGUAUCCGUUUAAAGAAGAGGACGACACCAUUGUGAUCCAGAAAGCCUUGUCGAAAGAACAGAUCGACGAGGUGAUCAGCUUGAGUCGAGAAUUCCGGCGACCACCCCAGGUGGAAACCGAAUACCUUCGUAUCGCGCACUCUCCCCAUCGAGAGGUGCCGCGCGAACGAGUCACCACCGAGCAUCUAGUCGUUGAUUCGCACUCCCACUACUCGCCUCGCUCGAGCCACGAUGCGUUUAUUGUGGAAGCGUCGCCCUCCCGUUCUCCAGAGUACGAGUACGAGGAGCUGAUCGACAGACCAAGAAGGCAUACCAUCUCGCGGCCUCGGUCUGUAUCUGUGCAUGCACACCGCCCUGCAUCUCCCGUCCGAUUCGUUGAGCCUCGGGAGUAUGUCGAGGAACGUGUAGGGACGAGAGGCCACUCUGGGUCCAUGGUACUCGUACGCCCUCGAAACAGUGACCACGAUGACUAUAUCCAAGAUCUAGAAGAAGAAACCAGGCUCUUGCGAUUAGAGCGACAGGGGGGCAUUGAGAUCACGAGACAGCGCGAGACAGACAUUAUCGAUGACCACGGUAAUGCGGAGGAAGUGACGGAGGUUCGCCGCUCCGAGCGUAGAGAACCAAAUUCGAGGGUGAUGCGGGCUAUGAUGGCCACUUUAACCUAG